AUUUCACCAUCUUCGGUUAGGUUAACCGAUGGCAGGGUGGCAACUGAAAUGAUAAGAAUGCUUGGUUUUCAUUCACCUCUAUUUUCUGUUGCCACCCUGCUGAUUUUAACCGUCGGUUAACUUAACCGAAUGUGGUAAAAUUGGCCCUAAGACGGUCUACAUGAACCUUAUUUUUACGGUACAAGUUUGGCAAUACUGCUCGCAGACACGCGGAUUUGCACAGCAGCGAACUGCGCAGACUCGGUUAUUUGGUCCUCGUCUUCUCAUACUCUCGUACAGAUUUGUAAGAGAAUUUCUUGCAGGUAAUAACAUAGUUUCAGGACAAAUGUUUUGUUUGUUGCUGUUCUCCAAGUUUUCGUCGGUAAACGGUUAGAAAAAAAAAUGGUACCUCUCGGCCCAUCGCCUGGGCAUCAAACGUCCGUCAACAAUUCUUCCACUGCGGCUGCUAGCGGGACAAAGAGCAACGCGAUAUUGAAACCGAAUUACACGUUAAAGUAUACUUUGGCUGGUCACACUAAGGCAGUUUCAUCUGUAAAAUUUAGUCCCAAUGGAGAAUGGUUGGCGAGUUCUGCCGCUGAUAAACUUAUUAAAAUCUGGGGAUCUUAUGAUGGAAAGUUUGAAAAGACUAUAUCCGGUCACAAACUUGGUAUUUCGGAUGUUGCAUGGUCCAGUGACAGCAGAUUACUAGUAUCAGCUUCUGACGAUAAAACCUUAAAAAUAUGGGAAUUGAGUUCUGGUAAAUGUUUAAAAACGUUAAAAGGUCACAGUAACUACGUUUUUUGUUGUAAUUUUAACCCACAAUCAAAUCUCAUAGUCUCCGGUUCUUUUGACGAAAGUGUACGUAUUUGGGAUGUUAGAACUGGAAAAUGCCUUAAAACCUUACCAGCACAUUCAGAUCCCGUAAGCGCAGUUCAUUUUAAUAGGGAUGGUUCUCUCAUAGUCUCGAGUAGUUAUGAUGGAUUAUGUCGUAUUUGGGAUACUGCCUCGGGGCAAUGUUUGAAAACACUGAUAGAUGAUGACAAUCCUCCAGUAUCAUUUGUCAAAUUCUCACCAAAUGGAAAAUACAUCCUUGCAGCUACAUUGGACAAUACAUUGAAAUUGUGGGAUUAUGCUAAAGGAAAGUGCUUAAAAACAUAUACGGGCCACAAGAACGAGAAAUAUUGUAUCUUCGCGAAUUUUUCUGUAACAGGUGGAAAGUGGAUUGUAUCUGGCUCUGAAGAUCACAUGGUGUACAUUUGGAAUUUGCAGACAAAAGAGAUUGUACAGAAGUUACAAGGACAUACAGAUGUGGUACUUUGCACAACGUGUCAUCCAACGGACAAUAUCAUAGCUUCGGCCGCUCUUGAAAAUGACAAAACCAUUAAAUUGUGGAAAAGCGAUACAUAAGGACGAUCUACACAUUUAUUUCACCUGUUACUUAUUUUUUGUACAAAUCUUUAUUUUUAGAUUGCAGGGAUUAUUACAUUGUAAAGCAUAGAUCAUAAUAUUCAUUUCAUGAUUGUAUAAAAAUACUUAGGAAAUAGUUAAGUAAAUAAUAUUUUCUACUAAAA